CAUGAUGUCAUCCAUUCAUCAUUGUGAGCUGAUUGGCCGUCCCUGGGCUUGGCCAGCAGCCCAAGGCCAGGAGGGCAGAGAGAGAUCCCAGGACGGACGUGCAGCAGGCCCCUGAGCAUGUGCAGAAAUGUUGUCAUCAGUUCCACGUAGAGCGCCUUGGUGGAAACCAAAGAAGACGGUACAAGUCACAAGAUCCUAUCCAACCUUCCCCGCCCUGAACGCCUGGGAAGAAUUCAGGGGCCUCUUGGCUGUGGAUGGGGAACCGAACCCUGGCGUGAGCAUGGGUGUGGAGGAGGGGCUGCUCUGUCAGAUGGUUCAUUCUCCAGAAUUCAACCUGUUUCCUGACUCCGUGAUGUUUGAAAGCAACUUUGUCCAGGUCAAAAAGGGCAGGAACUGGACAGACAUCUACAAAGCCUCCAACACCAUGGCCCUUGGGGUGACCUCCUCCGUGCCCUGCCUGCCCCUUCCCAACAUCCUCCUCAUGGCCAGCGUCAGAUGGCACCAGGGGCAGAGCCAGACUUGGAACAGACCAUCCAAAGCCCCACGCAUCAUGCUGAAGAGGAUUCUCCCACUGAAGUUUGUGGAGCUCCGGGUCUACGACCGGCUCCAGCGCGUCCUGCGGCUAAGGACGGUCACGGAGAAGAUCUACUACCUCCGGCUGCACCCUGACCACCCGGAAACCGUCUUCCACUUCUGGAUCCGACUGCUUCAGAUUCUGCAGGAGGGGCUGUCCAUCACCACCAAGGACCCCAGGAUCCUUGUCACUCACUGCCUGGUCCCCAAGAACUACUGCAGCCCCUCAGGAGACGCUAAGUUAGUGCAGAAGAAACCCCGAGCCUCCCAGCCCAGCGAGAGCCUCCUGCGGCUGAUGGCCAAGGCGGAGAGCGAGGCCCUCUCUCAAAUUUUUGCCGACUUGCACCCGCAGAACCAGUUCAGGAGCAGCAAAAAGGUGGAGACCAAAAAGGAUGGCUCAGAGAAAGAUACCCACUCUGAAGACAGCAUCCCCUGCACCCGAGACCUCAGCUGGAGGGAAUCGCUGUCUCACGGGGAGUGGGAACGAGAGAACCCCUCUGGGCCACAGCCGCUCUCGCUCCUCAGCACCCUGGCAGCCUCCACCAGGCCACAGCUGGGCCCACCCCUAGGAAGUUCCAUCUGAGCCACGCUCUCACACUGGGGAGAGUGUGCACCCUUGCCAACACCACACUGCUGCCUGCAGCUUCUGAGGGACCCUGGAAGCGCGCAGGGGAGGAGAAACCCACAGCCCCGGGCAACCUGGAAUCGCCUCCUGGUGACAGCACGGCCUUUCCUCCUUCCAGCUGCACGUACCCCUGGGCCUCCAUCUCCUCACCACCUCAAGUGAGACAGCCCCCUCCAUGGCACUGCCCCAGCAGGCCUAGGAAGACGCGCUCGGGCAAGGAGAUGCAGGAACCGGGCGGCAGGAGGGGGUCCGAGAAGAGGAGAGGUACAAAGAGAAACCGUAACCGAAGGAACAGCAGGGACUUGGGAGGCACACAGAGGACAA